AUGGCAGCUACAGCUCGGGAGCCCCUCGAUCAUGAGGAUCUUCUCACAAUCAGUACUGAUGGAAGUUCGAUUGGUAACGGAAAGGCCGAAGCUGCAGCUGGCGUCGGCGUGUUCUUUGGAGUAUCAGAUCCAAGGAACAUUGGCCGCCCGCUUGGCCUGGGCCCCCAGACCAAUCAACGCGCCGAACUCUCCGCCAUCCUCGACGCGCUCACGGCCGCUCCUCUGACUAUGAACGUACUGAUUCGUACCGAUUCCAAGUACUGUAAGAAUAUUGUCGAAAAGUGGUAUGACACAUGGGAAUACAGAAGUUGGCUAAAGCCAAAGGGUAUAGAGCACUUGAACAUGGAUCUGAUUGAGCGCGUUAUGGCUUUAAAGAAAAGAAGAUCAAGGAGGGAUGCGACGACGGAGUUCUUUUGGGUCAAAGGACACGCUGGUGAUCCCGGCAAUGAGGCAGCCGAUAAAUUGGCUGAGGCAGGUGCAAGGCGCGCAUACUGGGAAAAGCACGGUCGAUGGCCCAUAGGUGACCGUAGUCUGCCACAGAACAGGCCUGGUGAUGUGGAUUUCGUCCUUGGUAAGAAGGUAGUCAGAAGGGAAGAUGGCAAGGGCGAGGACCUUGUACCUCUGACACCAGAGGAGCUCAAGGCCCAGCUUGCAGCUCUGCGCGGAUGGAAGGCCAAGCGAGAGCCAGUCGGCGAUGGCAGGGUCGGCCAAGAUAAGGUCAGCAAAAAGAAGGCGAAAAAGAAGACAAGACAGAACGGCAAAUGA